CGACUGAAUCUCAACCCCAGCUUUUUGGGGUCAAUGAUGUUUUGACGACGAUGAUCGAGCCGCCUUGCCUUGCCUUGCAGUAUUGAUUGACAAAAACAGCAAGAGCAAAGUCACAGACCCAUCUGUGAUACUGUACUGUAUCAUACCAAUAGGUAACAGCAAAGAAAAAGCCCCAUCCACUGUCAUACUACAAGUAAGUCAAGUCAAGUCAAGUCAAACAAAUAGAAUGCCCGAAGAAGCAGCAGUGACGGCGGCUUGUGCCAAAUUAUUGCCUGGUUUGGACAAUGACAUUUUUGACUAUUUGGUAGGUCUGCUGCAAGAGGAUAUUGACGACCCGGAAGAAACGGCGGAAACGAUUGCCCAGUUUUUGGUGGGAGCCGACUUUUGUGACGACGAAGAACUUGCUCAAGCGACAGCGCAGGGGUUGUUGGAGGAACUCAAUGCUACUAGCAAUGCUGCUACUACUAGUAGUAAUAGCACGACACGAAAACUGGAACAGCCAAUAGCGGCACUGUCCUUACAAGACGUCACGACACAGUCAUCAGAAGCCAAAAGCAAGGUGAAUACGAUCAUGGAAGACCAAACGGCAACGUCCUCCAAGCAAGCGCGGGCUGCCAAGAAGAAACAAGCUGCCAAUAAGAAAGGAGGAGGAGGAGGAACUGCAAGUGGCAGCGGUGGAUCUAGUAGUAGUAAACUGACCGUCUUGGAACAAGCGCAAGCAGAGAAAAUGGAACUAGAGGCAGAACUUCAGGAAGCUCGCGUGGCUUCCAUUCAGUCUCGUCGGGCACUCGGAGCGUACAAGGGCGCCUUGGAUGCUGCUACGUUUACAUUGCCCAACCCUGGUGGUGGACAACCCUUAUUAGAAGAUGCAUCCUGUACGUUUGGAUGGGGACGACGCUACGGGUUGAUUGGACGCAAUGGGACGGGAAAAUCCACACUCUUACGAGCAUUUGCGGCGCGCCGUGUGGGAAACAUUCCACCCAAUGUCACGGUGCACUAUGUCUCACAAGAGGUCAAUCUGACAGAAUCGCAACGGGGCAAAACACCCGUCGAGUGUGUGGUCGAUGCCGAUUUGGAACGGCGUUUGCUCUUGGAAGAAUUGGCCAGUCUGGAAACACUGUUAAAUGCCCCGCCGGAUGACUUUAAUGCGGUCGAGGGGUCCAAACAACACGCCAACGUCUUGUCAAGGUUGGAGGAGAUUGGCAGUGAUUCUGCCACCCGUCGCGCCACCCAAUUGUUGGAAAAUUUGGGAUUUUCUCCCGAAUUGCAGGCUCGCCCGUUGGCACAGUUGUCGGGGGGAUGGAGGGUCCGGACCAUGUUGGCGGCCGCGAUUUUUGCCAAGCCAGAUUUGUUACUCUUGGACGAACCGACCAAUCAUUUGAGUAUUUUGGCCGUCAUGUGGUUGGCACGAGAACUGGCCACCAGUGAGACCUGGAAGGAUCGCAUGGUCAUUAUUGUGUCGCACGACCGACACUUUAUGGACGAGGUUUGUUCGGACUGUCUUCAUAUCAGUGGCGCCGCACGCAGGCUGACGCAAACACGCGGCACGUACAGUAAAUGGGCCAAACAACGCAAAGAACAACAAGUUCGAUUCGCCAAGGAACAAGAGCACAGGCAACAAGAGAUUGAUAAAUUGAGAGAGUAUGCAGGGCAUGGCUUCAAAUAUGGUGGCAGCGCCUCACAGAUCAAUAAAAUGGGCAUGAAAGCCAAACAGGCUGACAAACUUGAGGAAGCCCAUGCAGCUCAUGCCGAAGAGCUGGCAGCCCUACAGGAAGAUAUGGAACUAUCCAUGAAGAUUCAUUCGGGAGGUGAAAUUGAUGGAUUUCUAGUUCAAUUGAUGGAUGUUGGCUUUGGCUAUCCGAACAGCACCCCAGCACGCUUGUUUGAGCAUUGUGAAUUUGGAAUCACCGCCAAAUCGAGAAUUGUGUUACUGGGAGAAAAUGGAAAUGGAAAAUCUACCUUGGUCAAACUUUUGAUGGGCGAGUUGGAGCCAUGCGAAGGAGAUAUACGCCGGUCUCCUCAUGCUCGAUUUGCAGUUGUCAAUCAACACCAUGCCGAUCAAAUCGACCUCACAAUGACUCCAUUGGAAUUUAUUGCCAAACAGUACCCUGGUGAUGGGUCCUACGAACACAUGCAAAAGUUGCGAGGUCAUUUGUCGAGUUGUGGUGUAACAGCCGGUGCGGGAGGAAAUGGUCCUACCAAAGUGUUGGAUUUGCAGAAUACACCAGCAUCAGCCUUGUCGGGUGGUCAACGAUCGCGUGUCGCCCUGGCUGCAGUAUCCUACGCCAAGCCCCAUGUGUUAAUUUUGGACGAACCGACGAAUAAUUUGGAUCUAGAAAGUGUGGCAGCACUUGCGGAGAGUGUGCAAAGUUUCCAAGGGGCUGUGGUAUGUGUUUCUCACGACCAAUUCUUUGUGACAGCUGUGGCAAACGAGGCAUGGGUCGUGAAUGGUGGCAGAGUCACCCAGGUGGAAAGCUUUGACGCAUAUCGCGCCAAGCAGCUCAAGGUGCUGAAUAAGCAACAGCAAUACGCUUCUUAGACCAGGGCAUUAUUUGUUCGGCAAUGGCACCAUCCAUUGUGACAGUCACGGUGCAAAUUGUCUUUGGUGCACCAUUGGCAUGCACGUGUACCGUGCGCCAUGCUGUCCAUGGGGCACAUUUGAGAGAUCUUCAUUCAUAAAAGCUGUCUUACUUCAUCCACCAGUUAUUUGU